UGUCUGUAGGUCGGAAUCGAUUAGAAAUGGGGAGUUCUGGUCUACUGGUCACAAUCAAACGGAAAACAUUUAAACAACACAGCUAAGGUCUGUGUUGAUAUAAACAUAAUGCACGUUUUAAAGUUCCUUCAGUAAUAAGAUAAUUGAAAAACCAAGCGGCAGAAAGAACUUACAGAAAGUUCUCCACUGAUUUAAAUAUCUGAUUUUGAAUAAGCGAAAUAUCUAAGAUCCUUUGAUAUGUGGGACUGUGUGUAUUGACAAUUGGAUAGUCACCCAACUUGAAGACAGGUUUUGGACAGGGUGCCAUGAGCACAAAAUUCGUACACCGAUUGAUUAUUGGUGACAGGAAAAUGACAACGAUGCAGUGAUGACACAAGUUACUCCUCUCAAUGGUGACCUUCCGCCAUCUUACAAUGACGUGGCUGGGCGUUCUGUUACCCCGACUAACACACUUCAGACCGCUGGAAUCGGGGGAGUGUGGUUUACCCAAAACAGAGCCGUGCCUUUGAAUCCACCACCUUACACAAAUACACUCCCAGGAUACGAUGAUAGUUUUAUAAGUCCCCGAGAUCUUCCGAAGUAUUAUAGAUCGUAUGACCAAGCCCAUCAACGCACACGGAGGCAUAGAGGUGUAUCAACAGUUCGCACAAGGACAGCCAAUAGUAAAACCAUCAUAAUUAUCUUUUGUGUUCUGACUAUUUCCCUUCUUAUAGGACUAAUUAUUGGACUCAGCUUUAUGUUAGCAGAGCGAACAUAGCAUAAAAUGUUAAUGUCUGGCGAUAUCGCUGAUAGAAUUCCUGGUCUGAAAUUCCAGUUGUAUGUUCAUCAAUUUCUAAUAGAUUUUGUUAUGUGAUUUAGAGAAUAACUGGUUUGAAAUGAAUACUAAGGAACUAUUCAUGAUUUGGGAACAUGAAUUAUAUAUGACUUCAACUUAUACCCGAGUGAAUCAAUGUUAAUAUUUUCUCCCGCAGACAAAGUAAUGCAGUAUGCAUUUUAAUAUACUAAAUUUUAUGAUGAAUGUCAGUUCUGCACAUUUCACCGAAAAGGAAAACGUGAAACGGCGUGUUUAAGUAUCAGUUUGAUUUUUCUUGGAAAGAAACUACCAAAUAUCUUAUAAGAAUGUUGAAUAUGAAUCUUUGGGUGUUUGGUUGGGAUAGGUGGCGGCGAAUUCUUAGAAAGAAAUUUUAGGAUUUUAAUAUACGCCUAGAUAUAAAUCAUCUGACUUUGAUUUUGUAUCCAUAUUUUUUCAUUACAACUGACUUUUUAAAUUUUGAAUGCAGGUGAAUUUGUACCACUAACUACCCAUUACCAUUUUCUAAAUAUUAUAUGCUUCAUCAGAUUUAUAUACCAGUAACAUAAAAAAUUAAAAUUUUAUAGCUUCCUUACCCCAUAUUUCAUACAGUGAUUAAUGUAUUUGAUUAUUGCAAUCGACACGGUUUUAUGUUGUUUGAAAUGUCUGUGAUAUUAAGCCUGUGAUACAUACAUUAAUCCUAACAUCUCAUUUACAAGUAUUUUUUGCAAUAUAAAUAGAAUUGUUUUACUAGAAAACGUAGACA